CCAGCAGUGGUGGAGGGGAAGGGCUUCGCCAAGGAGCUGGACCAGUGGAUCGAGCAGCUCAAUGAGUGCAAGCAGUUGAGCGAGAGCCAGGUCCGCAGCCUCUGCGAGAAGGCUAAAGAAAUACUUACAAAAGAAUCCAAUGUACAGGAGGUACGUUGUCCUGUUACAGUCUGUGGGGACGUCCAUGGUCAAUUUCAUGAUCUUAUGGAACUCUUCAGGAUUGGGGGAAAAUCACCAGAUACGAACUACUUAUUUAUGGGUGACUAUGUGGACAGAGGUUAUUACUCCGUGGAAACCGUGACCCUUCUUGUAGCAUUAAAGGUGCGUUAUCCAGAACGCAUUACAAUACUGAGAGGAAAUCAUGAGAGCAGACAAAUUACACAAGUAUAUGGAUUUUAUGAUGAAUGUCUACGAAAGUAUGGAAAUGCUAAUGUUUGGAAGUAUUUCACAGACCUAUUUGAUUAUCUUCCGCUAACAGCUCUAGUAGAUGGCCAGAUAUUCUGUCUCCAUGGUGGUCUCUCUCCAUCUAUAGAUACAUUGGAUCACAUCAGAGCUCUGGAUCGCCUACAGGAAGUUCCGCAUGAGGGCCCAAUGUGUGAUCUUUUAUGGUCAGAUCCAGAUGAUCGUGGUGGCUGGGGUAUCUCUCCGCGUGGUGCUGGCUACACAUUUGGACAAGACAUUUCUGAAACAUUUAACCAUGCCAAUGGUCUUACGCUGGUCUCCCGUGCUCACCAACUUGUUAUGGAGGGUUACAACUGGUGUCAUGAUCGAAAUGUGGUUACCAUUUUCAGUGCGCCCAAUUAUUGUUAUCGUUGUGGGAAUCAGGCUGCUAUUAUGGAACUAGAUGAUACUUUAAAAUAUUCCUUCCUUCAAUUUGACCCAGCACCUCGUCGUGGAGAGCCUCAUGUCACUCGUCGUACCCCAGACUACUUCCUAUAAAUAUCUUCUAACUUCUGCCAUCGUAGAAGGAAGUACACCUGGCAUUUUAAAAGCAACAAUAUUUACACAUUUCUGUAACAAGUUGGGAUCUGUUUCAACAUAAAAUCCCCAUCAUGGACCAAAAUGUGCCAUACUGAGGACGAUGAGCAUUUAGCACAAUUUGAGACUGAGUUCAGUACAACACUAUAUAUCCUAUAUCAAUCAGUCCAACAGUCAGUUUGCCUGCUGUAUUUGUAGUAACUUUUUUUUUCCUGGACUGCUCAGAAAGAAAAAAGUCAUUCUAACACCUUCAGCUCCUUUUAUGCUUAUUUGUAAAUUUUUAGUUCUAGUGUUUAACUGGCAUGAAUUAGUUUGGAGUUCAUUUUUAAGGAAAAUGCACAGCUAACUUUUCUUAAUCUACCACCCUUUAUUUUAUUGAACAAUAUGAUUAACUUAACUGGAGAAAGGAAGCAGGUCUUAUUGGGAGUAUGUUGUCAUAACAUUUAAAGAGCUUUCCCUUGUUUUUAGCUAAGAAUUACUGUUCUGUGUUGAUCCUACUUUUUCUGUAUAUUUGUCAUGAAAGUGCUUGCAUCUUAUUUGGUGUAUUUCAACAAAUAAACUUGCAAUUGUAAACCAAAACAAAUUGAUAUUCUAAAA